GAUAAAAUAAAAACACACGAGCUCCGCUCUGCGGAGCGCGUGCUCGCGUCUUUACGACGUCAUUUCCCUCCUUCAUUCGCGCGGUAUGCUGCUAACUGCAACUAGCCAAAAAAGGGGGGGAGCUGGUAGUUCAGAUCUCUCACCGACAUAAGCAGCGGAUCAGCUCGUUUUUUCAACUAAAGCAUUGCUACCAAACGAGGAAACAAGUGUCGCCAAUGUAUAUGAAAGUUUUUAUUUCCUUCACGUAAAGAGAGGGGCGUUUGUUGUUGACAUUAAUGAGCGCUCCGGCAGAGCUGACUGGCUAGCUUAACUUUUUUUCAUGUAUAAUCUAAACCUUGCAUUUGUUCUGAUGAGGCGUUAAGGCCGUUCAUUGGACCUUCUAACCGGUUACGAUGAAGCUGCAGUGCGAUGUGGAAGUGGUCAACCGGAUGCUGCCCACGUUUGGGAUGAGAAGUCGGGGGAAAGGAACGAGGGCGAUGCUUUCUAUCGGAAAGCAUCUGGACAAGACGGCUCAACGGCAAAGCGUCUUUCUGAUGAUCUGCACGGCCAGAGACAGGGCAGGAGCAAAGUACAAGCUGAAAAACAACAUCGAAAAGUUCUUCACCUGGUUUGUGGAGGAAGGCAAAGCCACCGUGAGACUAAAGGAACCUGCUGUUGACAUUUGUCUGAGUAAGGCUGAUACAAACAGUUUGAAGAACUUCCUCUCAGCCGCUCGCUUGGCAGACAAAGGAAAUGACGCGAGCAGCCUCCCCCUGUCCACGCUCGCUCCGGUUCGCGCCAGAGACGUGGAGCAACCAAAGAGGAAACUCACCAUCAUGUCCAAAAAGGACUACCCCCUCACCUCCAACUUCCCCUAUUCUCUGGAACAGCUGCAGGUGUCGUACUGCAAGCUGGCGCAGGUGGACAUGCGAAUGCUGUCGCUCAAAGUUCUCCGAAAGCUCGACCUCAGCAACAACCACAUCAAGAAACUCCCGGCAACCAUUGGAGACCUCAGCCGCCUGUCGGAACUGAGCUUGCACAACAACCAUCUGGAGGCUUUCAGCGAGGCGCUCUGCCUGUCCACCCUGCAACAGACCCUCCAGGUCCUGGACAUCAGUCAGAACCGGCUGCGGUGCCUUCCCGCUCAGUUCUGCCAGCUCCGAGAACUAGUAAACCUCAAAUUGGACGACAACCAGCUGGCGCGUUUGCCGUUUCACAUCGGGCGGCUUUCAAAGCUGAGGUUUUUAUCCGCAGCCAAUAACCAGCUGAGCGGUCUGCCCGGAGACUUCCGUAAGCUGAGUCUGGAGAACCUGGACUUGUUUGGAAACCCUUUCAUCCAUGCUAAUCCCCUGGACCACACAAUGCAGCUGACAUUCCCGCUCCCUCUACAGGAGUUAGCAUUAAGAGCUGUAGCCAAUUUGAGAAUUCCAUACGGACCUCACCUCAUUCCUGCCCACUUGUGCCGCAACCUUGAAGUCGCCAAAACCUGCGAGUGUGGCCGCGCCUGCGUCAACUAUUACAUCGAGACGGCAGUGAGCAUGAACCUGCACCAAGUCUCACACACGGUGGUGCUGGUGGACAACAUGGGAGGAACGGACGCUCCGGUCCAGCAGUUCUUCUGCUCCCUGUCCUGCUACUCCCAAUACUUGGACCUCGUCCUCCAGAGAAGCCUCCGGUGAAGACAAUCAUCUGCACACAGCAACUCCAAACUGCUGUGCACUGUGGGGGUUUUAGAUGACGCAAAAGUUGCAGAACUUUCUAGGGGAUUCUUUUAACCCCUGGACUGAGUUUAGAAUUGGUUUUAAAUGGGUUCUAACUGCUUGUUUUCCACCAGUUUCCAAAUGUCCGAGCUUUUCUGUUGUGAUCAGCGCACCAAACAGUAUCCACUCCAUCUGCGAUGUCAAAAAAUCUCUUGCUGCUGUCAGGUUUCCCAUAGUCUUUUUUUAAAUAUUAUUAUUCCUGUCUUUUAAAGCAGACUGCAGGCUCCGAUAAUGACCGACUUCUACCAAACACAGUGCCUAAGAGUUUAUUGAGUAAAUGCUAAAAACAGUCGAUCCGUUAUAUUUUUUUUAUAAAUGUUUAAAAAUGAAAUAAAAGUGUUCGUGGUCUUGUCUUAAA